AUGGCUCGAUUCGUUGGCCUUUUCAGGGACUUUUCAUCCCUUUUCCUACAAAGUUCCGGCAACAACAGCGUUUCUUGUGACAUCGAAGCCACGCUGAUUCGAGCCACCAGACAUCACCAGAGCCGGAUGGAUGAUGUAUCGAUGGAGCGUUUACUCAUCCAUGUCUGUCUGCAACCAGAAUCAUCGGUCCCUUCUCUCGUGGACUGUAUUUCUCGGCGUCUGGAGAAGACGAAGAACCGUCGAGUGGCCCUGAAAGCCCUUUUGCUCAUUCACAGAAUCCUCCGCUUUGACAGACGGAUGCAUAUGGCACGCGCUGUUGACAGCCUUCAGCUGGAUCGCUUCUGGUUCAUGAAGAACGAGGAUCCAUCCUCCGUUUUUCUACGGAACUAUGCAGCUCUUCUGAAGGAGAGAGCCGGGUGGACCCUGAACCAGUCAGACCACAGGCUUGAACCUGUCGUGAACCGAUCAGAAUCCGGUGUUGAACCGGCGGCUUUCCACGUCUUAACAAAGUGCCAAUGGUUCGUAGAAAAGGUCUUGGCUUGCGCUCCGGUGAACGUCAAGCCUAUAGACAACCUCGUCCUGGCAGCUCUCCGGACUGUCUUGGAAGAAAGUUUCAAGAUUUACGAGACGUAUACCGACGAGUUGAAGAAUCUGUUCACCGUGUUCUUUGACCUAUCCGAACCCGAAAGAACCCGAGCUUGCGGGAUUCUGAGGGCGGCUUCUCAACAGUAUCGAGAUCUCCGCGGGUUCUACGAGAAGUGCAGGGAGAGUGCUGUGGACGCGAGCUUAGAGUAUCCAUCUGUGGAAGUAAUCGACGUCGGAUGCAUAACUUCACUGGAGGAAUUCACGAGCGCCACUUCUGUCCGUACGAGCAACAGUUUCCAUACUAAAUUUUCUAGUAGAAUUUUUCGUUAG